AUGGGUGUCACCGAAAUCGUCUUUCUUCCCUUGCAGGAUGAUAAAUUCCCAAAUGACCAAACCAGUCCCAAUGGACAACUUCAUCACCACCUGAUUCAAACCAUUCUCUCGCAGCCAGGCGUCCAGCGCGUCUAUUGGGGCCGGGAAAUCGAGAACCCUCUGAUGUUGAGAUGGUUUGUCGACUGGGAUGACAUCGAGAACCAUAAAAGGUUCAUGAAUGCUGAUGCCUACAGACCGUUCGUCGAGAGGAUUGGAACCAUCGUCGCUGGCGCGGCAAAGGCAUAUCAUGCUCAACUCAGGCCUCAUCCUCCCGUCGCUGCUCUCAGUAACACCACGUCUCCAAUUACCGAGGUCGUGACCAUGUGGUUCCCAAACACAUACCCGCAGAAAGAUCAAGACAACGUGACCGAGGACGUAGAGAACUUCAUCUCAAUUUUCGAAAACCAUGCGCACAAUUAUACAGCUUCUGCAGCAGGUUGGGUGGAUGAAGAGAUUGACAUCCCAGGGAUGGAGGAGCGCGGAAAGGCAUAUGUACUGCUAGUUGGCUGGACUUCCGUCGAGGCGCACAUGCAGUUUCGCGAGACACAGGCAUUCAAGGAUUCCAUUCACUUUGUUAUGGGAGCAAAGAACCUGAAGAAGAUCGAGGCGGUUCAUGUAAGCUUGACGGAGGUCACUAAAUAG